AUGCAAGGCAAUGCUAAUACUUGGUGGGAUGCAUCCAAGGGACAGAUCUUUCUAGAGGGCACGGCCUUGAGUUGGGAUGCAUUUGUAAGAGUCUUCAAUGCCAAGUAUUUCUCGGAUUGCGCCGGGGAGCAGAAGUUGAUAGAGUUUAUGAACCUACGACAAAAUCAAAUGACCGUAGACCAAUAUGAAGCAAGGUUUGCCGAAUUGUCUCGAUACGCCCAAAGAAUGGUUGAGGACCCCGAGGACAAAGCCAGGAGGUUUAGAGAUGGAUUGAAGUCGGAAAUUAAAGAUGUGUUGGUGCCCUUCAAUUUAAAGAACUAUAACGAGUUAUAUGAGAGGGCCCAAUUAGUGGAAAGGAAUCUAAAUGAAAGAGCCGCUGCAUCUGGAUUACGGUUUAUGCGCUCAAAUAGGAGAGACAUUAGGCAAGGAAAAAGGCCAAUGUCCAGUGGUAAGACCCACAUCCCGCCAAAUAGAGCAGGUGCAAUCAACAAGCCAAUGUAUCGCCGGUAUGAGGAAUGUCGUAUGUGCCGCCAAAGGCAUAGGCCUGGUCCAUGCCCAAUGAGGAUCGGAGCAUGUUUUGGAUGUGGCCAAAUUGGUCAUCAAGUGAGGGACUGCCCUCAACGACAAGAGAAUAGGCCACGGGAAGAACAACUCGGAGGAUACACGCCACGGAAUGUUCAGAAUCGACCUACUAUGCAAGGAAGGGUGUUUGCGGUCACCCGGGAUGAGGCGAAGGAUUUGCCGACUGUUACAGGUACGAUUCUCUUACAUGACCAAGUUGCUCAUGCUCUGUUUGAUCCUAGUGCUACCCAUUCAUUCGUAGCUGAACAAUUUGUUAAACUCAUUGGUUUAAGUCCAAAACCAUUGGGUACUAUGUUUAGAAUUUCUACGCCCUUAAAGGAUAGUGUGGUAGCUGCCGUAGGCUGUCCCGGUUGUAAACUUGUUGUGGGUAGCUAUGAGGAUAAGAUAGAUUUGAUCGUGUUGAAAAUGUACGACUUUGACUUGAUUGUUGGAAUGGACUGGCUGACAAAGCAAAGGGCCACAAUAGAUUGCUAUCAUAAGGUGAUUCAGUUCAGUCCAUUGGAUAAGGCUAGUUUUAAGUUUAUGGAUAAUCGAGGUGAAACCUCAAUCGGAGUGAUUUCGUCACUUGAGGCGACUCGUUUGUUGGAAAGUGGUUGCCAAGGUUAUUUGGCGUCUAUUGUUGAUGUGACUUUCGAGGAACCUAAGUUGGAGGAUAUCCCUGUUGUAUAA